AUGUUGGCGUCGCGGGGUGGCGCUGUCGGCAAGAGUAGCAAGGAUGCAUAUGUGUGUCUGAGCUGCAGACUCACGACACAGAAGAGACGACAUGCUGGGAGCAAGGCACGAUAUGGCGAGGCGGCGGCGACGAGCAACGACGAUGUCACUGGCGCAAAAGAGACGGAACUCGCAACACAGUCUGGUCAGCGACAUGCGAGGCUUCAACACGAGCUGAAGAGAAGGCGGCCAGCAGCACGCGAUGAGGAAGUACGAACAGAAGCUCCAACCUUACCAUCGGGUGCUUCGACAACGAAAGAGCCAGACACAAACGGCCGGCUUCAGCAGAAAAGAGGCGCUCCAAAGACACAGCAGUGGAUUGACGCUGCAGAUAAAGCGUAUUCUGCUCACACGAGGCGCAUGAACACCGCCGCCCGCUAUUUUGUCGAACAUGCGCGAAAACAGCACGCGAACCUCGCGACCAGAUCGAACAACGAUUGGUGGCUCGCCCGCGAGUUCCUCAAGUAUCCUCAAUACUGCCUUGCCGACGCCAGCACAGAGGUGCUACUUUCCUCUAUCGCCUCUAAAGUAGGGCGCUCCACCAAUCUCAAGGGCGCGCUGCUCGGCGACAACGACUAUGCCGACGAUGAAUCGCUAGGCGAGCUGGCGUUGAAUGCGCUGGCCCCUAGCGACAACAAUGGUACUGCCAAAGUAGUUGAAGUUUUCCUCCCGCGUCUCGGAGCCGAUGACCUGCCUUGGGAGUCCGGAGGCCGAUUGGACAUCUGUACCAUGAUUGCAAUGAACAAAAUCUCGCGGCCUUUCAGCCGACAGAUAUCUCAGGCAAACAAAAAGCGCAACAGCGACCCCGCGCAUCAUUUCGUUGAGUAUAUGCGAAAGCGAUGCGCUACGUUUAAACCUUACGGAAACAGAAUCCCUUAUUUGCUCAACGAUGUGGGUUUAUAUCCUCAGUAUCGUCUAGAUGGGCUUAGCGACAGGUCUCUUCCUGCGUUGCACAAAGUGCAAGGCUAUCUGGAGUCAUUCUGGCAGUCAAUCUCCCAAGACACAACGCCACCGGAUGAGAUUGACUCUCGCAUGGUUGAAGUGUUGCGCAGUCUCAGCCUGGACGUACUGGGGCAAGAUGACCAUGCUUUCUGGUCACAGAGCCGGACCACCAGUAUAGAAUGGUGGGCACAGCAGUAUUCGCGCUGGCGCUCACCGGAAAAGCUUCUGCCUGCGGUGCUUAUGAGCCCGGGCAGGCUGAUCUCGAAAGGCCCUCGCUUUGCCAAACACGAAUCCAUGAAAUCUGGGCAGCAUAUGGAUCAUGGCGAUCCUUUCCCUCCUCCUGCAGCCUCAAGAUUUGUCGUAGUGAAAGACCCAAGGUCAACGGAGACACUGGACAGGACUAUCGACGAACACCUCAACGAACCAUACAUGCCAUCAUCCCACGCAACAGAUGACACCAACACUGAACCUUUUGAACUCCGGGAUGCGACAACUGCUUCCCCGAUGGAGAUGCAACAUUACACUCCUGCAGCCUUUGAUAUCCCCGAUGACGAGUCAACGAGCACGCUCACUGCAUUCGGCCAGCCGUCGAAGGUUGCGAGCAGGACGGUUUACUCCGAAGAAGGUCAGCCGGCGUCUAAGCAUCUUGACGAUGAAACCAUGAAUGCUCUGGCGGCACUCGAGGAAGCUGCGUCCGCGGCUGCGGUGCCCGCUAAGACCAACAGCCCAUGGUCGCAACUAAGACAACAGGCCCGUAGAGCACCGACUGUCCCCACGUCCUCUACCCUUAGUGGCUUCGCUUGGCAAGGUUCUCAUCUAUCUACACAGCCGCCAAGCAACAGCGGGACAGGAGGAAACUCAACAAGACUGUACCACUCUUCCAUGCGUACCUUCCAACAGUCGGCCAUAGGAACACCUUCAGGCGAACAAGUUCGGCCGCAGACCCCACUCAUACGUUUCACCACAGGUCCAGAAUCUCACUUCAAGAUACCUUCUGCUGACGAAGCUGAGAAUCCAAAUGGUAUACGUACGCAGCUUCGGAAAUGGCAAGAACUUCACGGCAAUGAAGAUAAUACGCCUGAGGUUGUCGAGCAGGACGAUCAUGCCGACGUGGACGAACCUGUGAACAACCUGACACGCCUGCCUGACGAUAGCGCAUCGCGCCGACAGUCUCAACAGGACGAAGAGGAGAAAGAAAGUUUUGCGCGAUUCAUUGACGCUGGCAAGGAAGGCUACGACGGCAGUGGGGAUGACAGUGGUCGCUUCCUCACAAUGGGUGAUUUGGUCGAGAUUGAAUAUCUCAGCAGCGAGCGCGAAAGCAUCCUGGCUGUGUACGUGCAAUCCGUCCAUUCUGGUCGGAAAGAGGCUCAGUUCUUCGACAUGCAAGGUCGGUGGCGGCACUUACCCGAAAAAACCAUCAUGUACAGCAUCCCCGGAUGGAUCAGCCCCGAGUCAGUCAAGCCGUUACUCGAGUAUCUUCCGACGCCAGAUGAUACGCGUGAUAUGGAUGCCUUGCUAGAGAGAGCCUAUAUCGAAGACUUAUCGGUACCCAGAGAAGUGGCUGCUCCACUGGUGAAGCGUAUGGUCGACUUCUAUAACGAGAGCCAGGAUAUCUACCGCAAGAAUGCUUCGACUUUGGACGACGCUCACAACAUCCUAGCUCAUGAUACCGAUCUUCGAUAUGGCUCGCUCGUCUCUGCCGCCACCACCCUGCUCCGCAUACCGAGCGACAAGUUGCCGCUCACGGCGUUGUUUACGGUCCGCAAGGCGCUCACCCACGGAGGUUUUGCAUUUAACAUCGACCGUCGCUCUCAUCGUCUAACAGGCUACAUGCAGAUACGCAGUAAGGAACAAGUCAAAAUCGUCGAGAACGUGCGUGAAUGGGUGCGACAAUGGCAGGACGAUCUUGCCCAAACAGCGGGCAUGAAUGAACGCCAACUCGACAGACGGCGCGUCGCCAAAGGUGCGCAGCACGUCUAUGGUUUUCUCGAAAAGGCCAGAGCCAUUGUUAUGAAGAAUCGCGAGACACGCCAUCUGGCGCCUCACCGGCCUGAAGCUCAGCAUACUACCAACAAUAUCGGCAUCAGCAAGACUCGACUGCCAAUCACGGAGACAUCCGACUCCGUCAAGCUGCAUCACGGGUCUGAAUUCACCGCGGACGAGACCGAGAUUAUACGGUUUAUGGAGUCGUGGGCAUGCAAUGCAAUGUUUUUCGGCCUCCCUCGCAUCGAAAGUCUGCCACCAAUCCUGCUGCAAGCGACUGGACUGUACGAUAAGCAGAGACUAGGAGUGGGCACUGGCUUCGUUUUCCUUCAAGAGCUAGGAACAAUCAUGCCAUACGAGAACCGAAUUCGCUUCGAUCAGCACUUACUGUUGCCCAGUUCACAACACAGCAAGCCGCUCCAGAACCUGAUGACCAGUCUGAUAUCUAUGAGAGACAAGCACAAUUUCAACGACUCAAUGGCGGAUCUGCGACACGACUGGAAGGAUCUACCAGUGUACUGUAUUGACGACGCCACCGCCCACGAGAUUGACGACGGCAUCUCGGUGGAGCCGGCAGGAAGAGGCGCAGAUGGCAGAAAACAGCACUGGGUGCAUGUUCACAUCGCAAACCCGACUGCCUUCUUCUCUCGCAAUCAUCCCUUGGCGAAAAUGGCAAGACACAUGGGUGAGACUAUCUACAUGCCAGAACGAACAUAUAUGAUGUUACCACGCUGGGCAACUCAACGACAUUUCUCGCUAGCCAAGAACCGACCAACCUUGACGUUUAGUGCGAAAAUGGACGAAGACGGCAAGACUAUUGAGCAGAAGAUCACACCAGGGCUCAUACGCAAUGUCAUAUCACUUACAGGCAAGGAGGUCCAGGAGCUAGUAUCAGAGAAGGAUGUUGCAGAAAGCACACCAGAGAUUGUGCUCACCGUUGGUGGCGACCCUCCUCCAAGCCGCGGCCGCAAAAGCAGCGUGUCUGAUGUCACAGAGAUCAACAUCAACGAUUUGCGACUUCUGCGAAACCUAGCUGCAAAGCGUGCCAACUUCAGGAAGAACAACGGUGGGCUGUUCUUCAACUCCUACAAUCCAGACGUAAGUGUUUGGCAGUCUUGGAAGACGCCUGGUCUAGCGUGGGAUCAUCCGUAUCGUAGAGGUUCACGCAUAGUCGAGGGCGAUCCUGUCAUUCAGCUGCGCACUACCGGUUUUCGGAACUGGUUCACCCCUACCAGCCAGCCUGCUGAGAUUCUGGUGCGAGAGUGCAUGUUGCUCGCCUGCGAGAUUGCGGCAUCGUGGUGCUCAGAGAGAAAGAUUCCCGUCAUCCACCGAGGCACCGUCUCCGACCCCAGGAGUGUCGACACUCGUAAUGCAUGGAAAGAACAAAUGCUACCCGCCAUGCGAGAAGAUGGCAGCUUUCCCAUGCAUCUCGGAGUCCAAUACAUCAAAUCGAUCGGUACUACAGUUCUCGCCACCGAACCCAAGCGCCAUGUCUUCCUCGGUAUGGAUCAUUACAGCAAAGUCACCUCUCCGCUACGACGUUACGGCGACAUGAUCCUCCACUGGCAAAUCGAAGCCGCUCUCCGCCACGAAGCCGAGACCGGUGUAUCCCUCGCUACCGCACCCGACGAUAAGUAUCAACCCGACCGCGGCUUCCUCCCCUUCAGCAAGCCCGUCCUUGAAACCGUCAUGCUCGGCCUCCAACCCCGCGAAUCCAUCAUCACCGCCGCCAAGACCAAAGCCGAACUCUUUUGGACGUGUAUGCUCCUCUUCCGCAAGCACCACUUUGGUGAGGAUGGGGGGUUGCCGUUCAAGACACUCAGGAUGUUCAUCCCAGGUGAUGUCGGGCAGAUGAGAAUGAAUGAGACUCCGGGGUUUUGUAUUGAGUUGGCGACGAAUUUGACGUUGUAUGAUCCGAGGAAGUAUGGAUUGCCGGAGCCGAGGCAAGGUGAUGUGUGGGAGGUUGAGUUGGACUGUGUUGAUGUCUAUAUCAGGGCGAGUUUUGCGAAGCCUUUGAGGUUGAUUGGGAGAGAGGGGGCGGGGAUUUUGUAG